ACUGAGGAUAUUAUUGUCUUUCUGACUCACCUUCUCCUCCCAUUACACUUUCUGGUGAAAAUCAAACUGCUCCUCUGUGUAGCCCCUUUGCCGGCCCCUACACACUCUCUCUCUAUCUCUAUCUCUAUCUCUCUCUGCUUCAAAUGGUACUCUGAUUUUCCAGCUUCAUUAAAGUUCUUUAGUUCUGUCUGCUUCAGGGACAGCUCUGCUUAUGGCUUCCCCUUCCUCUGAGCCUACUGCCAAGCCUGAGGGUAGCAGUGGAAAUGAUGUCGGUGGUGGAGAAACAUCAGAAGCGAUGGGUUCUAUAGGGACUGAUCAGCUAUUACUGUAUAGAGUACUGAAGAAAGCAAAGAAAGAGAGGGGUUGUACAGCCAAGGAGCGCAUAAGCAAAAUGCCCCCAUGUACUGCAGGGAAGCGCAGCUCCAUCUAUCGUGGUGUCACUAGGCAUAGAUGGACUGGCCGUUAUGAAGCUCAUCUUUGGGAUAAAAGUACCUGGAAUCAAAACCAAAAUAAGAAAGGAAAGCAAGUUUACUUAGGAGCGUAUGAUGAGGAGGAGGCUGCAGCAAGAGCAUACGAUCUUGCUGCUUUGAAAUAUUGGGGUCCUGGAACUCUCAUUAACUUCCCAGUGACAGAUUACACAAGGGACCUUGAAGAGAUGCAAAAUGUCUCAAGAGAGGAUUAUCUUGCAUCAUUAAGAAGAAAGAGCGGCGGUUUCUCCAGAGGGAUCUCCAAAUAUCGUCCUCUAUCCAGUCGAUGGGAUCUGCAAUUUGGUCGUGUGCCUGGAGCUGAUUACUUUAACAGCCUACAGUAUGGUGAUGAUGCAACAGUCAACAAUGAGUACAUUGGUGGUUUCUGCAUGGAUAGAAAGAUUGACUUGUCAAGUUACAUCAAGUGGUGGGGAGGUAAUAAAGCUCGUCAAACAGAUUCCCAUUUGAAAACGUCAGAGGAAACAAAGGUUGGUUGUCCUGAAGAUAUUGAUAAUGAGCUUAGGGCUUCAGAAUUAUCAAUUCGGCAGACUGAACCAUAUGAGAUGCCCCGUUUGGGUGUGUGCCAAGAAAGAAAGAAUCAUAAAAGCUCCGCACUGUCUGCUAUGAGCAUUUUGUCACAAUCUGCAGCAUACAAGAGUUUACUAGAGAAGGUUGCUAAAAAGAAAGAAAAAGUUGAGAAUGAUGAGAAUGAAAACAAAAGCACUAUCAACAGAGUCGACCGUGGGAAGACGAUUGAGAAAUCAAGUCCUGAUAGUGGAAGCGAGAGGCUUGGAGCUGCAUUUCUAAACCCCGGGGGAUCAUCUAUUAGCAGAAACUUGCACCCACUUACUCCACUCCUGUCGGCACCACUUCUCACUAACUACAACAACGUAGAUCCCUUAACAGACCCUGUUCUUUGGACAUCUCUUGUUCCUAUUUUUCAUACAGGUUCUUCACGCACUGCUGAGGUGCACAAGAGCGAAGCAACAUCAGAUUAUACUUUAUUUCAGCAAGAAGAUUAAUUUCUGCCUCUACAAGUGAGAUACAGAUAUGCAUUUUGAGAUUGAAGGGACAUGUGUAUCUCAUAAACUGGGAUCAUUUUUCGUGCAGGUGCACAAGAGCGAAGCAACAUCAGAUUAUACUUUAUUUCAGCAAGAAGAUUAAUUUCUGCCUCUACAAGUGAGAUACAGACAACACAAGACAAAAUUUCCUGUACAUGGAUUUUACUCACUAUGGACUUUAUAGGAUCUUGUUGGAAAACCAAACAGGAUUGUGGUUUUACAACUUUUAAAAUAAGUCACUGGUUCCUUAUUUCCAUGGUGGUUAUUAUAUUAUUAAAAGAGUCUAUAGAGUUUUCCACAAGAUUGAUUAGAAUUUUGUUGUGGCCCUUGUUGGUUCUAGUUUGACCAUUAUAUUUCCUACCCACUCUCUAAAAAAAUAUUUUCUUUCCCCUUUGUUUCUACACUUUAUGUAUAUUUAUAAAAUUGAAAUUAAUUAACUUGACUGAAA